AUGGAGGAUAUUGGGUUGUUCAAUCAAGGAUGGAAAUGGUUGCAAUCUAAGGAUUGUUACUGCGAAGCAAGUACAACUGCGAGCUGUUUGAGGGACAAGAUGGGGAUAUUUAUGGAGCGUCAUUGGCCCAUGGUUUGCUGUGGCUGUGCAAGAUUUGGGAGAGGUCUGCUGUUUUUGUUGGUUUACUGGAAGAAUUGUUUUGUUACAGGCUUCCAGUCGUUUAUUGGGCUGGGUUCGGCAUCUCUGCUUGUCAUUGUGUGGAGUUUCUUUCUCAGCUUAACAUCAAUGUCGUGUAUUCUGUAUGUGGUUCUUAGUAUGGGAGCUGCAGGGGUUGCAGUUAAGUACUUAGGCUACAGUCCUGGAAUUUUUAUUGUGGGACUCUUUUCCAUUCUAGUUUUAUGGAUGUAUGCUAACUUCUGGAUAAUGGGUACAUUAUUCAUACUUGGAGGUUACUUAUUUUCCUUGAAUCAUGCACAGUUGGUGGUUUUGAUGGCAACCAUAUAUGCAUUAUAUUAUGUCAAAGUUCAAGUUGGAUGGCUUGGAGUUUUCCUCUCAAUUAAUCUUGCAUUCCUGUCAAAUGAUGUACUGUGCUGCUUGAUCGAGUGGCAUGAUAGUUUGAGUGAACGCACCACCUGUGAAGAGCGUAAAGAAUCUGACCCAUUCACAGUAAAUUUCUCCACCGAUUAUGAAUAUUCAACGAGUAUUGAUGAAGAAGAGAAGUUGCACUCCUGUAAAUCAUCCAGCAAACCUGCUAAUACUUCGUCUUUUGUUGAAAAACUUGAGAGCGCUGCUGCUAAGCAAGUGGUCAAAGAAGAGGGGUAUUCAGUUAGUGAGAUGAAGCGGAUUUUAAGCAGUGCUGAUCACUAUGAAGCAUUGGGAUUUCCCCGUCACAAGAAAGUUGAUGUUAUGUUGCUGAAAAAGGAGUACCGGAAAAAGGCCAUGCUUGUGCAUCCUGACAAAAACAUGGGAAGUCCACUGGCAAGUGAGUCCUUUAAGAAACUUCAAUGCGCAUACGAGGUUCUUUCUGACACGGUGAAGAAAAUGGACUAUGAUGAGAAACUCAGAAAGGAAGAAUCUAAGAGUGUAAUGCAGAAAUCACCUAGCACUUCACGUCAGGAUACUACUGAUUUUUUUUCUGAGGAGUCGAGGUGCAUACAAUGCACAAAGUGUGGCAAUUCACAUGUCUGGGUCUGCACCAAUAGGAAAAAGGACAAAGCAAGAUGGUGUCAGGAUUGUUGUCAAUAUCAUCAAGCCAGAGAUGGUGAUGGAUGGGUUGAGUACAAAGGAUCAAUAGUGUUUGAUCAAUCUGAAGAGGUGGAAAUACCACGCGCUUUUGUCUGCGCAGAAAGCAAAAUCUUUGAUGUAUCAGAAUGGGCUAUAUGUCAGGGCAUGGCUUGUAGGCCCAACACACAUCGACCAAGCUUCCAUGUUAACAUGGUUGGAUUGGAGAAGUCAACCCAGAAGUCGAAUUCGAGUAUGUAUCCAUGGGAUUUGGAUGCUGAGAUGAUGGAUGAAGAGGAAGAAUUUGAGCUGUGGCUUCAGCAAGCUCUAGCAUCUGGACUUUUCUGUGAAACCUCCAAGCGUAGGAAAAGCUGGAUAAACCACUUGCAGGUGCCCACCCAACAAUCUUGUUCAGAAGAUGAGAAUUUCAGGGUCGACUGGAAGACUUCGUUGUUUCCAGAUACUCGUGGAGGAAAUCGUGCAAGUUCUGCUGUUGUCAAAGCUUAUAGUGUUGUAAUCGACUUAUCUGUAACUCUGUAA